AUGGGCUUUGGUACGGCGCCCAUCAUCUCGGCCGACGUCCCCUACAAGGGUGCAAUACCUACCCUCAUAUCUCUUCCGAACGCGGAUAAGUCGCCAUUUUAUAUCCAAGCUCCCAAUUGGCGCAGCUUGCUCAAGUUCAUGGCACGCCUGCCGGCGACGCGCGUCGAGCCGUCCAUUGAUGUGCUCAAGAAGAUCAAGGGCGAAGCGACGCUGCGGAUUAUUGUGUCAUUCGUCAAGGUGCAUAGCACGUCGUCGCAGUGGCUCACAGCGGUGUACAUGUCCAUCGACGUGCCCGUGCCAGUGAACACGCCCAACGCGGUGCGCUUCCGGAAUGGCGACUCCACGGUGCUUCCGUGGUCGUACACGAUAUGCCCACUGCCCGCUGUGCUACGGGAUGGUGCAGAUGCGCCCAUAUCGAAGUACUACACCAUCCCGAGCGUCCCAGGGAACCUCUACCCCACACUCCCGACGACGUUCCCCGGCCUCGCGAUGUACCUCGCCUCGGCGCUCGAGCUCGCGCGCAGCGGCCCAGCCGAAGGUUAUCCCGGGUUGCGUCGGCUCUCGAAGCUCGUCGACACGUUGUAUCCCGAGGACCGGAGCGAGAUGGACGCGGACGAGAAGCCGGGGAUGCGCCAGAAGCUGAAGAACUUUGUCGGCCUGGGGAGCAAGCCGCAGAGGAGCAGGAACGCGGAGAUGUAUGACCUGGUUACGCCGUUCGUUCCAGACGACUAUGGGCGGUGA